UAGUGAGUGAUCCGCCCCCGCACACAUACCAUGGGCGUCGUCUGCUGUGUGAAAACUUUAUUGAUGGACAAAUAGCUGUUCAGAGAGUAUUGGAAUAUGUUUGAAUAGCAUUUGCUCCCUUAGUUUGGAGAAGAUUCGUGAGAGAACUUGGUCGUGAAUUUUAAAAUCGUGCAUAAACCAUUGCGAGAUCGGGACUUUAUAAGCUCUAUACGUGGCAGGAGUUUUGUAUUAUCGGGUUUGUUAAAAGCAAAAUAACGAGCCAUGUAGAGAGGUGCUGCGCUGGCAUGUGACAAGGAGCAGAUGUUUUCAUGAACACCUGCAUAACUUUGAGGGAAGGGAUUUAAAAUACGAAUUUUAUUAGUACAAAUAUGGAUAUAGGAGAGGAAAUGACCUCAUCAGGCUUCACUGUGGCUUCUGUGUUUAAUGCUCAGGUGAUGGCCAACAUGCUUUCACUCUGAAUAUUUUAGCAAGUUUGCAGAAUAAUCUAAGUUAGCCAAGGCUUUACGCUUUGUGCGUUUGGUGGGACACACCAUGAAGAAUGAACGGCAGGAAGAGGAACAUAGACUUGAGGUGCGAGUAGCAGAGGACAGGGACUUUGAGCGGCUGAAGCAACUGUGUGACUGUCAUGAUGGCUGGUCUCUGGCCUACAACCAUCCUCCUACCAAAGUGUGGACCAGACCAACCAAAAAUUCAACCUUUCAAAUGAUCAAGGUUUGCACUGUGUACACUGAUAUUGACGCAAAUGUGUUGUAUGAUGUCCUCCAUGACCCACAUUAUCGCCAGAUGUGGGACAAACACAUGAUCAAGUCUGUUGAUGUAGGCUACCUGAACCCAAAUAAUGAUGUCUCAUACUAUGCAAUCGCUUGUCCUGCACCUCUCAAAAACAGAGACUUCGUCCUGCAAAGGUCCUGGCUUGACACUGGUCGUGAAUUGUAUGUCUUGAAUCAUUCUGUGUUCCACCACCAGUACCCUCCAAGGAAGGGCUUUGUUCGUGGCCUCUCACACCUCACUGGCUACCUGAUUCGCCCAUUACCUUCUGGUGGGUGUUCCUUCAGCUACGUAUCUCACUGCGACCCCAGAGGAAAGCUACCACCCUGGCUUGUCAACAAAUUAACUCAUGUGCUUGCUCCUAAGAUGGUGAAGACAUUACAUAAGGCAUGUAUGCAGUACCUGACCUGGAAACCGCGCAACAACCCAAACUACAAGCCUUGGAUUUAUCCAGAGCAGAUCAGCAUACCUCGGAUAGCAUUUAGUCAGUGCACCAAAAGUCCUGCUGACGACAUGGUGGAAAUGCUUGACGAGUCAGACAUUGACGAGAAGGCUUUGGAGCAGUUGAACCACAGUCAUUUUUAACCUGCUAAUGUCCAUAAACUGGAAAGAAGACAAUGUGAUAUCUUUAUAAAGCGAAGAUUUGUAAGCAGGAAAUGAUGAUAUUUAUGAAAUCACCAUAAGAUGGUCUUCAAAUUUUAUAGCAUCAACCCACUACUUCACAGAAGGCAGGCUUUGAGAGCAAGACAUUUUAGCAAUUUGUGAUACAGUCUCUCUCUCUCUCUCUCUCUCUCUCUCUCUCUCUCUCUCUCUCU